UAAUUCGAGUUCCUACUGAAGAAUCACUUCUUUUAAAGGGCUUGAAGUUUGAGGUUUGAGUCAUUAUUGUGCUAUAUUGCGGAUAGAAAACUUAUCAGAUCUUGACAGGACUGCUUCUCGAUCAGGGAUUAAAAAUCAACAGAUUCAAUUAAGGACAAAGGAAAUAAUAUAACAUUCUCGAGUAUAACAUGGUGUGCUUUGCUGUAGCACUUGGUGUUAUCAUUCUGUGUGGAUUCAUCAGCCUCCCAGUAGCAAAGGAUACCUGUGACCUCUAUGCUGCUGUUGGACAGAAUUUGACUCUGCCUUUUGUCUACGAUGGACUGACAAACUUCAAAACGCUCAGAUGGACUCAUAAUGAUACAAUCAUUUUCUACAGUCGUUGGGGUUCAGUGUAUGUUGGAAAUUCAAAGGACAUUUCUGCAACCGGAUCUCUAUUGCUGAAGAACCUCCAAUUCUCAAGUGCAGGGACUUACGAAGCAACUGUGAAUUUCAUUGAUACGUGGACUGGCCGGCUCUGUAUGAUGGACAAGGUAUCAAAACCUCAGCUCACUUAUACCUGUGACUCAAAUGCUGUUAAUCUAAAUUGCUAUGUAGCCGAUGCUCAGGGUUUGGUGUUCUCAUGGACACUCGAUGAAAAUGCCUUAAUAAGUGAAACAAAACAAAAUCUGAGCAGAUCACUGGCACAGCUUAAAGGGCAGAGGAACUUUACAUGCAGUGUGGCAAACAAAGUCAGCAAGGAGAAGAGUGACACUGUUCGUCCAACUUGUAAAAGUCCAACUUUGCUUUGUUUUCCAUCCAAAACUGUUGUGGCGGUGGUUGCAGGAGGAGCUGGUCUGAAUCUGCUUUCGCUCAUCAUUAUCAUUGCAUUAUGUUACUACCACAGACGCAACAAAACGUGUCUUGGAGAUGACAGGGAGCUCAGGAUGGAUUCUUUAAUCAACCCAGAGUAUGAGAUAAUGCACCCGAUUGAGAACCCUCCACCCCUGAGCCUCGAGUCUUCACCCGGACAAUGUUACUAAACUGUUUUCUCAGUCUGAAGAUCAGACCGACUGACUUCACCAGUGCCAAAGCCGGACACAACACAAUGAAUGAGGAACUAAAAACCAGAAGAGGAACAAAGACAAAAAGACACAUUUUAGCUUGUAACAAAAUGAAGAAAAACACAUUUUAAAAUGGCAUCAACAGAAUUCAUCACGACGCAUCAACGACAUUAAAUGUGAUUUCAUGGCUUAUCUAUGUUUUCUGGUUAAUGUUUAAAAUUUAGAAGUUAUGGUGGGUGGGUUAGCCUAUCCCACCCGAUUUACACCCUGUACAAAUCGCCAGCUAUCGCAGGACACAAACAACCAUUUACCCUCACAUUCACUUCACUACAAGCAAUUUAGAGUCACCAAUUAACCUUUUAAGUUUCUUUGGACAAUGGGAGGAAGCCAGAGUACCCGGAGAGAACCAAUGCAGACAUGGGCGGAUCAUGCAUGUAAGAUUCUAAUUUGUUUACGUACUAAUGUUCUUAUCUGUUUUUAUUAUGACUUAUUGAGCCACUGUACGUCUGUGUUAUAAAUGAAGCAAUAUCCGGUGAAAAUGCAUAUGACUGUGUAAUAAUAGAUAAAAGGGUACGGCUGACAAUAAACACAAACAAAAACAAUCUAGUAUCUAUUUUGUCAAACAAUAAAUUGAGAAAAUUGUUUAUUAGUUGGGGAUUAUAUUACUUUAAGUCUAAGUUUUUUGUAAAUAUUAAUUGAUAUUGUAUUAAAACUGUU